AUGAAGUCGGUGCCGCAGUUGGCCGGGCCGUCGCUAGGAGCCGCUAGCGAAGUCCCGGGGACGGCCGCUGGGGGCGCUAGGGCGCCCGCUGUGCGUGGCGGCGGCGGCGGCGGCGGCGGCGGCGGCGGCGGCGGACACCCUGCCUCCGGUUCCAGUGUCGCGCCUGGCGCCGGGCGUGCAGCGUCGCGGUGCGUGCUUGCUGCGUGUGGCCAGAGAGACAGCGCCGCGAGCUCAGUCGAGGUGUCGGCAGCGCAGCGACGCCGCUACAACUCGGCAGCUACAGCCUGCCACUGUAGGCUCAGCGGCACGUCCUGCCCAGUUUGCAAACUGUCUAUGAACUAUAGUACACUACCAGUGUGA